GUCACAUUGCAUAGUUUUCUUUUGUCGGGAAUUGGUCGGAUUGCUGGAAUUCGUAGGACGAAUUUUAUUUAUUUUUAAGCAAUUGAUAUCGGGGAUCGGGCUGCCACAAUGGGUUCCCUGUUCCGGAGUGAGGAAAUGGCUCUAUGCCAGCUCUUCCUACAAAGUGAGGCGGCCUACGCCUGCGUUUCCGAGUUGGGAGAACUGGGAUUGGUCCAGUUUCGAGAUCUCAAUCCGGAUGUGAACGCUUUCCAGAGGAAGUUUGUUAACGAAGUUCGUCGCUGCGAUGAAAUGGAACGCAAGCUGCGUUAUCUAGAAAAGGAGAUAAAGAAGGACGAAAUUCCAAUGCUGGAUACCGGAGAGAGUCCCGAAGCACCACAGCCUCGUGAAAUGAUCGACUUGGAGGCGACGUUCGAGAAACUGGAGAACGAACUGAGAGAGGUGAAUCAGAAUGCCGAGGCCCUGAAGCGCAACUUUCUGGAGUUGACGGAGCUGAAGCACAUUCUUCGCAAAACUCAGGUCUUCUUCGACGAGUCGGUGCCCACGGUGUACAAGUCGAGUGGUGCAUACUCAUCCAGCAAAUAUCGGCGCUAUCCGCAGAUGGCCGACAACCAGAACGAGGACGAGCAAGCGCAGCUGCUGGGCGAGGAGGGUGUCCGGGCCAGUCAGCCGGGCCAGAACUUGAAGCUUGGCUUCGUCGCCGGCGUCAUUUUGAGGGAGCGUCUGCCGGCCUUCGAGAGGAUGUUAUGGCGCGCCUGCAGGGGCAACGUUUUUCUGCGUCAGGCGAUGAUUGAAACGCCGUUGGAGGAUCCCACCAAUGGCGACCAGGUGCACAAGUCCGUGUUCAUCAUCUUCUUCCAGGGCGACCAGCUGAAAACUCGCGUCAAGAAGAUCUGCGAGGGCUUCCGUGCCACGCUCUAUCCUUGCCCCGAGGCUCCUGCCGAUCGCCGCGAGAUGGCCAUGGGUGUGAUGACGCGUAUCGAGGAUCUGAACACUGUUCUGGGGCAAACGCAAGACCAUCGCCAUCGUGUCCUCGUUGCGGCGGCCAAGAACCUAAAGAACUGGUUCGUCAAGGUGCGCAAGAUCAAAGCCAUCUACCACACGCUGAAUCUCUUCAACCUGGACGUGACUCAGAAGUGUCUAAUCGCUGAGUGUUGGGUGCCGCUCCUGGACAUCGAAACCAUCCAGCUGGCCUUGCGCCGCGGAACUGAGAGAUCGGGAUCAUCGGUGCCGCCCAUUCUCAACCGGAUGCAGACGUUCGAGAAUCCGCCCACUUAUAACCGGACGAACAAGUUUACCAAGGCCUUCCAGGCGCUAAUCGAUGCCUACGGAGUGGCCAGCUAUCGGGAGAUGAAUCCGGCUCCGUAUACGAUCAUUACCUUUCCCUUCCUUUUCGCUGUAAUGUUUGGCGAUUUAGGCCAUGGAGCGAUCAUGGCUCUCUUUGGUCUGUGGAUGAUUCGAAAGGAGAAGGGACUGGCCGCCCAAAAGACGGACAACGAAAUCUGGAACAUUUUCUUCGGCGGACGGUACAUAAUCUUCCUCAUGGGCGUCUUCUCAAUGUACACAGGUCUUAUAUACAACGACAUUUUCUCGAAGUCCCUGAAUAUCUUUGGAUCCCAUUGGCACAUGUCAUACAACAAGUCUACGGUGAUGGAGAACAAGUUUCUACAGUUGAGCCCGAAAGGCGACUAUGAAGGUGCUCCGUAUCCUUUCGGCAUGGAUCCCAUUUGGCAAGUAGCAGGAGCCAAUAAAAUCAUCUUCCACAACGCCUACAAGAUGAAGAUAUCAAUCAUUUUUGGAGUCAUCCACAUGAUCUUCGGCGUGGUCAUGAGCUGGCACAACCACACAUAUUUCCGGAAUAGGAUCUCCCUGCUCUACGAGUUCAUUCCCCAGCUGGUCUUCCUCCUGCUGCUCUUCUUCUACAUGGUUCUGCUGAUGUUCAUCAAGUGGAUCAAGUUCGCGGCCACCAAUGAAAAGCCAUACUCCGAAGCCUGUGCUCCCUCCAUUUUGAUCACGUUCAUUGACAUGGUGCUUUUCAAUACGCCUAAACCGGCGCCAGAGAAGUGCGAGAUCUAUAUGUUCACUGGCCAGCACUUUAUCCAGGUGCUCUUCGUGCUGGUGGCAGUCGGCUGUAUUCCCGUAAUGCUGCUGGCCAAGCCUAUCCUUAUAAUGCAGGCUCGCAAACAGGCGAACGAAGAGGUGCAGCCCAUUGCCGGAGCCACUUCGGAUGCUGAAACAGGCGGCGUGUCGAAUGGCGGAGGCCAUGGCGGUGGUGGCGGUCACGAGGAGGAGGAAGAGUUAUCGGAGAUCUUCAUCCACCAGAGCAUUCACACCAUCGAGUACGUGCUGGGUUCAGUCUCCCACACCGCCUCGUAUCUUCGAUUGUGGGCGCUUUCCUUGGCGCAUGCCCAGCUGGCUGAGGUGCUUUGGACCAUGGUCCUAUCGAUUGGUCUGAAACAGGAAGGACCCAUUGGCGGAAUCGUGUUGACCUGCGUGUUUGCAUUCUGGGCUAUUCUCACCGUUGGCAUUUUGGUGCUUAUGGAGGGUUUAUCCGCCUUUCUGCAUACACUGCGUCUUCACUGGGUCGAGUUCCAGAGCAAAUUCUACAAGGGCCAGGGAUACGCCUUCCAGCCUUUUUCGUUCGAUGCCAUCAUAGAAAAUGGAUCUGCCUCCGCUGAGGAAUAAAUUAUGCGGAUUUAGACAAGGAUUUAGUAGAGCAACAACCAAAGCAUGUUGAGAGUCUCAUUGCGUUAAAUGAAAUUACGAAAUUAACCAUUUAAAUAAGUGGAAUCUAACAGUUACAGUAACAAACAAAUAUGUACGCUUUAAUGUUCAAUUGUCGUGAAUUUAUCUAUCUCAUAUAGCCCCAGCAAGCGUUAGACUGCUGAUAAUUAAUGUUCUUCGUAGACGUUCUCGUGUUUAUAAACUAUAACCGUAAAUUCAUAAUAAAUAGCAAAAGCUUAUCCCGCUAGGGAUUAGCUACACA